CGGGCGCCCCCCGCGCGGUGGUUUCUGGGAGCUAAGGGUCGAGAUGGUUCGUGAGUGAGCUUCCGAAGCUUCUGCGUCGGGCCUCCAGGGUGAGCAGCGGGGCAUGGCAGUCUGGGUCUUGUUGGCACCUGGGAGCCGGGACUGCCGCCGCGAGCCGUGAUGGCGGUCGGGAGCUGCAGCCGAGCCCGGAGCGGUCACCGGCGCGGCGGAGCGAACGCAGAGAAAAGCGAGGGAGGGCGGGAUGGGAGAGAAACUCCCGCUUCCCUCACUCUCUGAGCAUUCAGCAGACUAAAAGAUGACAACAGCAGCGAGACCAACUUUUGAACCUGCAAGAGGUGGAAGAGGAAAAGGAGAAGGGGAUUUGAGCCAGCUCUCGAAGCAGUAUUCAAGCAGAGACCUUCCCUCUCAUACAAAGAUAAAAUACAGACAAACUACACAGGAUGCCCCCGAAGAGGUUCGAAACCGUGACUUCAGGAGAGAGUUGGAAGAGAGAGAGAGAGCUGCUGCAAGGGAAAAAAAUAGGGACCGUCCAACCCGAGAACAUACAACUUCCUCUUCAGUGUCAAAGAAGCCCCGCUUAGACCAGAUUCCUGCUGCCAACCUUGAUGCCGAUGAUCCUCUCACGGAUGAGGAAGAUGAGGAUUUUGAAGAGGAGAGUGAUGACGAUGAUACUGCAGCUCUUCUUGCAGAGCUGGAAAAAAUCAAGAAGGAAAGAGCUGAAGAGCAGGCCAGGAAGGAACAAGAACAAAAAGCAGAGGAAGAGAGAAUUCGCAUGGAAAACAUUUUGAGUGGAAACCCUCUCCUAAAUCUCACUGGCCCAUCCCAGCCUCAGGCCAACUUCAAGGUUAAAAGAAGGUGGGACGAUGACGUCGUUUUUAAGAACUGUGCAAAAGGUAUAGAUGACCAGAAGAAAGACAAAAGAUUUGUAAAUGAUACACUGCGAUCUGAAUUUCACAAAAAGUUCAUGGAGAAAUAUAUUAAGUAGUGCAGUUUUAUGUGCUUAAUAAAAGACAGAAAUGCCAAGGA